AACAUUGGAACUCGUAUCAAGCGGACUAUUUGUACAUAGAAAGCUUUGAGUUUGACUAAUACUAUUCAACUUUAUAAUAUUAUAAAUAUAUUAUGUUGAUUGAUUGUUCCGCAAAUAUACUUUCAAGCAAUCGGCUCUGCUUUCAACUGUACACAUAAACAAAAAAAAGUUAAAGACGUUCUUAAAUCGCACAAUGUUGACUUUGGAAAACAGCACUUAAUAAGUUUCGCCGACUUCUCUUUUAGGCAGCGCGUGGUUUUUUCUUUGAGAGGUAAGUUCUCAAAUAUAGACAAAACACUAAUGUAAAAAGUAUUCAAAAAUACUUUGGUAGGACAUCAAUCGAUACUAACAUUAACUUUUAUACAUGCGAAACCGAAUCGGUAUGAUAAAAAUGCACAAAAACCGCGGGUCAAAGCUAGUGAUUUAUAAAGAGCACAAGUUAGGAACCUGUCGUGUGUGUUAGUAUUUUUUUAUUUAUACUUAUUUAGAUACUAGUAACUAAGAAGCGGUGACAGCGUAGUGGAUGGGACUUCGUCCUCACUUUCGUAGGGCCGAGUUAGAAUACCAGCACGCACCAAUAACUUUUCUAAGUUAUGUACAUUUUAUGCAAUUAAAAUAUCAAUUGCUUCUACAUGACAACUAUCACAACUCUAAUGUUUUUGGGUCGGUAAUGGGUUGAUGACGGUGAUAAUUAUGAUAAGUACUAGUAGCAUGGAUUUCAGUUUUAUCUUUUAUUUUUUACAAUUUUUUUAAUAAGUUAUAUACAUGCUUCGGUGGUCUCUCGACGUGGGUAUAGGUAAGGAAAUGAUUGUUUUAAACCCUGCAAACUCUCAGGGCAAUCAAGUGCUAAACUGAAACCCCGGCCGAGCCUCCACUCGCAGUCAGAUUUCGACGCCCGACUCAAUAUCACCUACUCGCUUAGUUACCUGACCAAGUGGCCCUGCAACUUUUGAUCACGAACAACUAUAACCUAGGUACUUACGUAGCAAAGACGCAGGUCAGGUUCACGAGGAUCGGUUUGAAACAUUCGCCAAAUAAGAUAAGUGUGUGAGGAUGUUGGUCUGCGCGAGCUCCUGACUCACUGCCGUCGCCGGUGUCCAGCCGCCGCAGCUUAUAAGAGCAGGCGGACGCGCCGCCGCGCUGUGUGCUGCGAGCAGGGAUCGCGAGCGCCCGCCGGAAGAGCCGACAUGUACCGGUUGAUGUUGUUGCUACUGCUGUGCGCAGGCGCAGUGUCGAGUGCGCCGCAGGACUCCGACGUCACGUUCGUCAAGAUUCAACCGCUGCUGUCCGCCGAGCGCGCGAGCGGUGAAAGUGGCGAGCUCGUCCGCCGCGCGAGGCAGGACGACGUUACAGCCGCGCUGGACGAUGAGGACACCGAGGCGCCCGAGCCCGCGGAGGUGGCGCCGCCAAGGGAACGAAUCACGUCGCCGAGGACCGGAGUACCGGAACGAAUCUCUUCGCUGCGCACCACAACGGCCCGCAGCUUCGCGCGGCCGCGGCCGACCCAGCCCAGCCCCAGGUUCAUAUCGAAGCUCAGCUACUUCGAGGACGACGGCUUUUCGAGCGGCGUCUCCAACAACCUCGUGGAGAAAUUCGGCAAAGACGCGAGGAAGUUCCAAACGAGCUGCCGGUGCGAGAAGAUUUGGAACUGCCCCAAGCUGCAGAUCACUGUGCCGCGCUGCCCCAACGAGUACUUCCUGUGCUGCGACUGAGCAGCGCCGCCACUUGGACCCAGUGCGCGACCCACGACGACGGCAGCAACUAUUUUUGAUCGUUAAUGUAACGCAUCCUGUGCGCUUCUCUCAGGAAAUGCUCGCGCAUUUUUACCGCGGAUGGGAACUUUAAGCUGCAACGAGCGCGCAGUUCUCGCUGUGCGAUUUGAUACCAUACGGGAUGGCUCGAGCCAGGUAUCGUCGAUCGGGUGCAGUCCAAAUCCCACGGCUAACAUUUCACUGACGGCGAUAGGGUAUUGUUGUGAUAAGCAUAAUUAUGGAAUUGUUGCUCAAUGUGUAUUUUAAUUUUUAUUAAAUAGUAGAUAGGUAGUCGCCAGUGGGUCCUGCAUUGAUUGUUCCAAGUUUGGUGCUAGGAGUGGUUGUAUCUACAUUAUAUUCUAGUGCGGUGCUAGUACAAGUCAUUGUUUAUGACGACGGUCGACCUUCCGAAUAUCCAGCUGCCAACACAAUAUGUGGUAUUAAUAAGUAGGUAGGAAGGAAAAAGAUAAUAUUGGGGCACUUUACGUCGAGCAAGAAGGAAUGAAAUAUUGAAUGUUACCUCUUUCCUCCUCGUACAAGCCACUCUGCGCGAACGCACGGCGGGAAUCACUUCGCCCCAGCCCACCGACUUUUAUUAUUCGAUAUUUAUAAUUCUCUUGGUCUAUGUUAAUAGUAUGGAGGGUAGAGGUAAGGAGAGUCAUCUUAUAUGGGAGAAAACUUGAAAAAGUGUCCAGUUGUAUGCGCUAAAUAACAGUUCAA